GGCGAAACAGUUACGAAAGCUUCACCCCCUGUUAACAGGCUGGCACGUCCUUUAGAUUGUAAUUUCUUGUAGGUUAAACCGGCGAUAGUACUACUACAGCUCAUUUAGUUCAGUUCAUUAAGGCGUCAGUGACUUGCAGCAGACCAUAAAGCUUCUGCAGUUGUUUAAUGGUUGUAUAGAUUCAUCUUCUGUGAAGUUAGCUUGGAGCUAGUAGUUAGCAAGCAGUGCCUUUUUUACCCACUGGAAACUUCUCAGAUGAUAAAGCCUUUGCAGUGGUAAGUGUCCACUGGAAAAAACAAUCUCGGUCAUCACUAUGACACAUCAGGAUGGAGAGGGAUGGGGAGGUGUUAACCUGUCACCUCACCUUCACACAGAUGAGUGUAAUGAACUAAUAAGUCAACUGAGACAGUGCCACAAAGAGCACAAUAUUCUGAAGUUCUUUGGCACAUGUAACGAUGUGGACCGUGCCAUGCGUCAGUGUUUGAAGAAAGAGAGACUGGAAAAGCGGGAGCGCAGCAAGCAGCAUGCGAUAGAGAUGAAGAAGAGGCUGAAAGAAGGACCUAAAGACCGUCUCUAAGGGACAUUUUACUGCAACUGUGCCACUGGCACAGAAAGUUAAACCUACUGAAAUUUUGGCACACUGAAUGAAGCUUGACACUCUGUACCAGGCUUCCUCAGCUGACAUUUCAUGUCAGGACAGAUGAAGAGCUAUUUCUUUAUUAGCAGUGUGGGUGAUUUCAUUUAAUGGUGUGCGUCUCCAAGAACAAAAUGGUAAUCUUGCCAUAUUGAUGCUUAUAUUACUGGUAUUUUUAAAGUUUUAUUGAGUAGCAAGUAAGCUCAAUUAAGCUUACAUGGGUACUUUUUAUCAGCUACAUAGACUAAAACUUGAAGUGUUGACAACAAUGUCAAGAGGUCAACAUAAAAAAAACCAUCUAGUACUUGAGAUUGAAGAUUGAGUUUGGGGAUUAUUAUUCCCCCACCCCAUCUCUUGCAGCGGACUACUGCUCCAUCACUGAUGUGUCUGUUGGCACAAAACCACAGCAAGGAUUACUCUGUUAACAUCUAACAGUAUCUAUUGUUGAAGAUUUCUUUGAAUUGGGAAUCAUAUUGAUUCUUUUUGAAUAAAGUAAAACUCUGAAUUAA